GUUUUUGAAGGCCUACGGUUAAUACACAACUGGCACACAAAGGCUAUAGAAGAAAUAUUAAUCCUAUAUAGAACAAACACCAUUAUGGAACCAUACCCUCACGGACGGAAGGAAAAGCAACCCGGUCCACCCUGUGUGUUUGGAGCACACCCAACUGAAACAACCCGGACAGCACCAUGACGACCUCCAACCCUCCAGCCUGGCUCUUGGGUCAGGCCCAUGUGUUCACACGCGCUUCCUCGGCCUUCCCCGGCCGGGUAAAGCUAUCAGAUGGUCGUGUCAGAUUGUUCAGGGAAGUUCUCGGUUCCGUCUGUGGUGUCUGAUACUGCAUAGACCUCAUCUUGACAAUGUAAAUGUUGUGAUAUCCCAUUCCCGGUAAUGAGCUCGGGUUAGAUCUCGUGGUAUGUGCAUGCAGUUCGAAUGAGAAUGUUUCUGGGGAAAACCCGGUUCGUUGCGUUCGUCGUCUUCUCCAAAUAAGACCCUCGGAUUUUUGGUGUUUGCGUUUACCAUUUCGUCGAAUGUCAGGUGAUUUUGUUUUUCUCCGGACGAUACGAACACCGUGCCAUAAACGUAUCUAACAGUGUGAUGUUAAAAUCGUGUACUCCAUACUCCAGCGUUCUAUCACAUUCUCCAAAGCCGAUGCAACUUCACCCAGCUCCGCGCCCACAUGUGCUAUAGGAGUCUUUCAAUCACAAGACAGUCUGCUCUACCAACUACGUAAUCUGGAGCCAGGCUCAAAGAUCGGCCGAGAUCGGAUUUUCUCGGAAAAGAGGGAUCAAUAACACAAUUCUAAUACCUCCUAAUCACGUCUCAUGCACCUGUCAACUUAACGUUUAGCUCCGGAACAUCGUAAAAUAACAUUAUCCAAAUAACCCUUUAGAACGUCUUAAUUAGGCGUGCCAAGUUUGACGAACUGAAACCUCUUCGGUGAAGAACACUACACCCAAAUCAAGAACAGUGAUUCUACAACUAAAAUGUAUCUGGCAAGGUUUGUCUUGGCGACGUGUCUACCCCUAUGGUGGUGUGCGACAGGUGAAUUACUAUGCACCUCCGCUACAUCUCACGGCAGAGGACUGAUAACUCAGGGCACCUAUGUCACCUUGAACUGCAGCUGGGCAAGUGUGGAUGAAGACGUCGACAACAGCAAUCUCAACUGGUACCGAAUCGAUUCUGGUGAAGAAAUGAGCCCGAUAUCCGCUCAAAACGGCGAGGCGAUAUGGAGAAUGGCAGGGCUGGACAACGGCGUUGAGUUUCUCUGCGUUGGACAGAAUAGCACAUCGGGUGACGUGUCUACCUGCACUCUCAUGCCUCUUGUGGUGCCUCCUACUGUGUCCGUUGAGAACCUCGGUGGCGCUUUCGUCCUGGGGAAGGAGGCGUCUCUAAUCUGCAAAGCGGAGGGUCUGCCCUCGAUCGAUCGCUACCAUUGGUAUGUAGACGGCCUGGAGGAUGAGGGUCUAGGGAGUAGACUCAGACGAUCAGAGGACGGUAAGAUUGUCACGAUUGAGAGAUUGAUGAUAUCGGAUGACGGUAGCGUGAUUACGUGUGAGGCUUACAUACCGUCAGGUCUGAAAGCAAGCGCUAACUUGACAAUCGAUCUAGACGAGCCGUCUGUUGACGAGGGUGGCUCAGUGUCCAGCCUGUGGAUUUUCAUUGCGUGUGCCGCGGCUGGUGGCAUCCCUGUGAUCGUGUUGAUCGUGGUCUGCCUGGCCUGGUGCCUCCAUAAGGCGCGCUCCAGAGCUAGACGUAAGCGAUCCAAGAAGCGCAGCCAGUCCCGCCGGCACAUCGUGCUGAACGAGGAGCAGAACGAGGUUCACGAGUCACCGAUCGCCGAGACCACCCUGAACGAGCGGCAGGAGAACGGGCUGACCAGUAACUCCUCGCGAGCAGCAGCAAACGACGAUGAAGACGACGGCACCAAUCCGCCGCCUCACAAGCCGGCACCCCCGCCGCCUCUAGAUCUGCAUCUGGACCCCGACAGCACCUACGUCAACACCCCGGCGCCGACGUCGGCUGCAACCCUGCCGAUGCUCGGACAUCGCCCCACAUCCCCGCCUUACUACUCCACCCCCAGGUCGUCCCACCAACGGAAGAAGACGGAAUACGAGAACGUGGCCAGCCCAAACGAAGAUGACAACGGCCAUCCAAAUGAUCACACGGAGCCACGGGCUGAUGUGUACGAGAACGUUGCGCCCUCCCUCCCUUCCCGUCCGCUGUCGCCCAAGCCCACGUUGGGCCACACGGCGUCAUUGCCCGACUUUCUCACGUGAAUUUCAUGCAACUUGCCCGCACAACUGAAGCUUCGUUGCCGGUCUCCUAGAGAAAAGGGCGCCCAAUAUUAUCGUACCCAUACACGAUUAAAAAACUACAAUACUAUUAGCAAUUUAGAAUUUUGUAUAAACGUAUGUCGGCCUAUAAAUUGCCAACUACUCUGAGAUACACUUCCGCUCAUUUUUGAAUAGCAUUGUUAGCAAUACUCAACCAAGGAUGCCAAAAUAUUGCCCAAGAAAAUACAGCAUUACAUAUAGGAAAUAAGUACGAAACAAAUUACCUCACGCCUGAAACAAAUAGUUAUCAGGGUAGUUUGUGAAUAAUAUACUUUCGAGACAGUAAAAACUCGAGAUAAUCGGUCAUUAUACUUGUGUGAAAGUGACAAUUGUCAUAUGCCUACUGGUGGUAGAUCCUGAAAUUGGCCCAGUACACAGCAAACCCAAAAUUGUAUCAUUCAAAGUCAGGCUACUAAGGAGGUAACCUGCGCGAUACUGAUUUAGCAAAAUUGAGAUAACAAAAAAACUUGGUUGAAUAAUGUAGAAUAUUUACAUUUUCCUCAAAAAUCUUUCACAAUUUCGAAGUCGGAUUUGGGAAUGAACUAAAACGUUUGGACUUGUCAUUUCGAGCUGUUAGUCUCCGACAAGCUCACAAUAGAAUAUGAAUGUUGGGUACAUGUAUAUUAUAAUUACAAAGAGUAAAGGAGAAAAGAAUAAUCACAGAUAGGCCUCGAUGUAAUUCUUUUCCCGCUACAAGUUCGCACUUUGAGACAAUCAAAAGGUUCCUUCGAUUGUAUUUUACACAUGUGUUUCUAUAUUCCGACUGCUUAUAAUUUGCCGAUUAGUUCUUCCUUUGUACAUUUUAAGUAUAUAUUUGUAUACCUUUUAAUUUAUUUGUAAUGCUCUGUAGUAUGGCAGUUACAGAACCGGUAUGGCUUUUCUUACCGAAAUAAUUCACGACUUUUUUUUAGAGGCAUAUAGGGUCAUUUGCUUUUUCAUGUAUUUUGUUCGUUUCAAAUAACAACACUCAAAAUCUAAAGAAUAUUCAAAACGUUACCUGUUGAAG